AUGACCAAACGACCCGCCAGAAGACCCGACGGCUACCCCGAAUCUAUUCAUCUAAGAGCCUCCUUGCUCGCCAAUACAGUCCCCUUGGCGUACGUGGACAACGAUGCCUAUGAUAACUCGAUACCGUUCUCCGUCUUUCGGGGCUUUCAACCGGAUCUACUCCGCGUCCUGAUCACGAUUGCCAAGGACAUGCACAACAUUACACUCAGCUAUGAGUUGGAAGAAGCACCUCCCUUUUCCUAUGGGGAUCAGUUUGAUUUGGUGGCAUCGGAUUGCAACACCAGCCAGCUUAAUCCCAUUCCGCUGGAAGACUGUGAAAAGUACGACUUUGUCGUCGGCGACUUUUACUCCUUUGCACCCCGACCCAUGAAGGUCCAGUUCACACCCAACUUUCUGACCACCUCGGGAGUGGCCAUCAAGUACGUGCAUCGAAAAGAGCGGGACAUCUCCUCCUUUGCCGAAGCACAGGCAUUGCAAGAACCAGUCUGCGUCUUGCGAGAAUCCUUUUAUGACGAACAGGCUCUAGAGCAGUAUCCUGGAAUGCUCUCCAUCAAAUGCAAUACCCACCAAGAGUGCAUCAAGUGGCUCAAGGACGAACUCUGUGUCCUCUUUGUGGAAGACGAGUUGCAGUUGAAACACCUCACCGUACGAGAUCCGGAAAUCGAAGUGACACGAGAAAAGUUUGGAGAACAGUUUGUGCUCUGGCCCUUUAACAAGCGCGUCGUGCCCGAGUUGCAUCGGGAUCUGUUCUUUCAAUGGAUGUACCAAGCCAAGGCGACGGGAAUCUUGGACGAUCUUUACCAGCAAUACUUUAGCGUCCACUUUUGUCCCUUGGGCAAGGCGGGGCCCAACUGUGAGGACCCCUGCAAUCCGUCGCAUGGAAUCAGCAAUCGAUUUGGACAUUGUGUCUGCGAUUCCACGCGAUGGGCAGGAGAUGAUUGCUCCGUGGAACUGACUGAAGAUCUCAACCUCUUGCCGAGUAGUCUGGUAUCUGUCUCGUAUGCCAUGGUGGGCAUCAACUUUUCCCUGUGUUUCUUCUGUGCCGUCUGGUUGUUCAUUCACCGGAAUCGAGCGCAAGUCAGAAUGUCGCAGCCCUACUUCCUCCUCCUUAUCCUGGUUGGCUGUAUUUUUAGCACUUCAACCAUUCUGGCGCUUGCGGAAGAACAUCCCGGGGAUGGACCCGUUCAGGGUUGCAUGGCAAUCCCGUGGUUGUACAGCGUCGGAUUCUGCAUCACCUUUGGUACACUCUUUGCCAAGAUCAGGCGUAUUUACGUCAUUCUACAGUCCGCCGCGGAAAUGCGUCGCGUCUCGGUAUCGGUCCAAGAAACGGCCAUGACCGUCACGGUCAUACUGCUCAUUGACAUUUGCAUAUUGACUGUAUGGACCAUUGUCGACCCGUUGCGUUGGGAAAGGAACGUCUUGAGCGAAGACAAAUACGGAUAUGAUCUGGAAUCGGAGGGACACUGCACUUCAGAUCAUUGGAUGAUCUUCACAUCCAUCAUUGGAGCCUACCAUUUUGUCCUCAUUUGCAUUGCAUGCUACGUUUGCUACUUGGCUCGGGACUUGCCAGAGAGCCUCGCCAAUGCCAAAUACGUAUCCAUGGCUCUCUUGUCCAACAUGCAGAUUGCCUUGGUGGCCAUUCCGGUCCUGAUCAUUCUUGGUUCGGAGCCUCAGACGUCGUUCUUUGUCAGAUCGGUUGCUAUAUUCAUGAACGAUUUCGUGGUGGUCGUACUGAUCUUUGGCAACACUAUAAUGCAAGUCUAUCAGUUUGACAGCCAGAGGAGUCGCUCGGAUCUUCACCGUAUGAGCAGCAAUACUUCCCUUCAUGCCGACAUUCGAAGCUACGCUAAAAAGGUGAACCAACGGAAAAACGAUGCCGUCUUGGAUACGUCAUACACGGCCAACAUUUCUUCUAUGGAUGGGAGCCUUUCUUCAACGAACGGCAAUUGGAUAUUUUCUAUGGAACAAGAUAGCAGCUAUUCGUCAAAGUUGUCAGACAGCAACCCUUCACUGAGACAUUCUAUUUCCGCCGGCAGACAAAUGCCACUGCAACGAGUGACUGAAAAUGACAGCGAGAACGAGGAGAAAGAGUCUGUGAAUUCGGAUGAUUCUACUCCUAGCAUGCAUGAAGAUUUGGACUACCUAGAGGCCUUGACAAUCGGGAAACGUCCUACCAGGCUUUCAGCGAACUCUACUGAAUGUAGCUUCGACGAUGCAACACUUCCAACUUCCCAGCACGAGGAGGAUGUCAUGGAUGACGACCAAAGCAAUGGUGAAAACGAACAGCCUCCCGUAGUCGCCGUGGGGAUCGAUGACAGCCCCUCCUCAGCUUCUUCAACGACUCAACCACUAGCGGAGACCGAAAGACCGGAUGUCGAGCCCCUGACCACUACUGGCUAG